AUGUUUAUUGUAUUUGGAUGUAUAUGGGAUACAUUUGUAGCUCAUUUCCUUCCAGUUUUUAUCUAUCAAAGAAGUACCUCCUCUUCAAAACCAAGAGAUUCUCAAAGUUCUGGAGGAAACUCUUCGAAUCACAUCAAGAAAUGUUUGACCUCUAAAAAGUGGAAUUCAAAAUUCCUUUUAUUCAAUGAAAAGAGUUAUUGUCCUGAAGAUGUCAUGAUGUGGAAUGCCAUUGAACAAUUCAAAAUGAUCAAAUCGAAUAAGAAACGAGUCGAAUUAUUCAGAACAAUUGUAAAGACCUAUGUAAUAUUGGGAGCUCCUCUCGAAUUGAACAUUGCUCGAUCUACAAAUGGUAUUCCAGAAAUUAUAGAAAUCUACAAUUCAAUGAACGGAACCAAUUUGGAAAGCAUCAUCUCAAUUUCAAUUUUCAAUGAAAUUCAACAAGUGUGUGAACACAACAUGCUCGACAGUUUUUAUAGAUUUCACUCUGAAUUUGGAAAGGAAUUGGAAAAAGAAUUGUCAAUUAAAAUGGAUUAG